UUGUCAGUCUUGGAAUGUCGCCGCCGUCCGUCGCCGGGAGUCAGACGCUCGGUUGCUAGGCACCGCCGAGGGAAAGGCAGCAGCAGCAUCAGCAUCAGCAUCCCGGAGGCUGAGCGCAGAAAAAGCUCCGGUGUUUGGCGGCACCGUCAGGAGUACGAUGUGUGUUCUGCUCACGCUACCUUGCAGUGGUCACCGAGUCACGAGCUACUCACCUUAAAUUUGCCCAGUCGUCCGGACGUGAGACCCCCUCGCCGCUCGGAUACCAUGCUCAUCGGCCGGGUGGUCCUGGCGCUCUGCGCCCUUUGGCCCGUCGCCGUCGCCCUGCCUCUCACGCCUGGGAAUAUUGGGAAUGCGUUCGGGACGAAGGAGAGCGACGGCAGGAUUCUGCACCGGUCCAAGCGGGGAUGGAUGUGGAAUCAAUUCUUUCUGCUGGAGGAAUACACGGGGAACGACCAUCAGUAUGUCGGCAAGCUGCGCUCCAACAUGGACAAAGACGACGGAACGGUCAAGUACAUCCUAACGGGGGACGGUGCCGGCACCCUCUUCCUGAUCGACGAAAACUCCGGCGACAUUCACGCCACCAAGAGGCUGGACCGCGAGGACAAGGCCAUGUACACGCUGCACGCCAAGGUGCUGGAUCGCACCACCAACCAGGAGCUGGAGCCAGACACCGAGUUCAAUAUCAAGAUCCAUGACAUUAACGACAACGCCCCUAAAUUCGAGCGGGACGUCUACUUCGCCAACGUGCCGGAGAUGUCGGACGUCGGGACGUCGGUCGUCACGGUGACGGCCACGGAUGCCGACGACCAAACGUACGGCAACAGCGCCAAGCUGGUCUACAGCAUCCUGCAGGGACAGCCUUACUUCUCGGUGGACUCUGAGAACGGCACUAUCAAGACAGCCCUUCCCGGCAUGGAUCGGGAGGUCAGGGAGGAGUACCAGGUGGUGAUCCAGGCCAAGGACAUGGCGGGACAGAUGGGGGGCCUGUCGGGGACCACCACGGUCAGCAUCACCCUCACCGACGUCAACGACAGCCCGCCUCGCUUUGCAAACCAUUCCUUCCGUGUCACCGCCAUGGAGUCUACGGAGGUCGGUGGCGCCAUCGGCCGCAUCAAAGCCGACGACCCAGAUGUGGGUCGGAACGCUGAGAUGGAGUACACUGCGGUUGGCGGCCAUGACAUGUUCAACAUUGUGACGGACAAGACCACGCAGGAAGGAGUGAUCAUCAUCAAAGGGGCGCUGGAUUACGAAAGCAAGAGGGACUACGAGUUCAAGGUGGAGGUGAGGAACACGUACUUGGACGCCAGGUACAUCCAAGGCCUGCAGUUCAAGGACUACGCCACGGUCAAGGUGACGGUGGAGAACGUGGAUGAGCCGCCCGUUUUCACCUGCAACCCGUACAUCAUCAAGGUGCACGAGGACACGGCUGCCGGCAGCUUUGUGGGCGUGGUGUCGGCCAGGGACCCUGAUGUUGAGAACAGGCCGGUCAAAUACUCCAUUGACCGCCAUACAGACCUCGAGAGGCUGUUCAACAUCGAUUCUUCGAACGGCACUAUCACAACUCGCAAAGCUUUGGACAGAGAAAUGUCCAAAUGGCAUAACAUCUCGGUGAUGACUGCUGAAAUAAAUAACCCACGGCAGAUCGCCCGCGUACCCGUAUUCAUCGAAGUGUUGGACGUUAACGACAACGCUCCAGAGUUCGCCAUGUCCUACGACACAUUUGUCUGCGAGAACGUCAAAGCAGGACAGUUGAUCCAGACCAUAAGUGCUGUGGACACAGAUGAGCCCCUCGUAGGACACAAGUUCGUCUUCAGUAUAAGUCCUCAAAACCCAAACUUUACCAUCAAUGACAGAGAAGGUAAGACGACCCGAAUUUACCGUCAGGAAUUAUCUGCCGUACUACAAAGUCUACUUUUUCUAUCUACAGAUAACACCGCCAACAUUCUGACCCGGCGAGGAGGUUUCAGCCGGCGGGAGAUGAGUGUCUACUUCCUGCCCGUGGUGAUCUCAGACAAUGACUACCCCAUCCAGAGCAGCACGAGCACACUGCUGGUUCGCGUGUGCGCUUGCGACCGCCGCGGCAACAUGCAGUCGUGCAGCCCCGAGGUGCUACCCUUUUCUGACGGGCUGACCACUGGUGCCCUGGUGGCCAUCUUGCUGUGUGUCAUCAUUCUGCUCAUGAUCGUGGUGUUGUUUGCCGCCCUGAGGAGGCAGCGGAAGAAAGAGCCGCUGAUCAUCUCCAAAGACGACGUCCGAGACAACGUCGUCAGCUACAACGACGAGGGCGGCGGCGAGGAGGACACGCAGGCCUUCGACAUCGGGACGCUGCGCAACCCCGAGGUGAUGGACGCCAACAAGCUGCGCCGGGACAUCAUACCUGAAAUGCUCUUUUCAUUCCGGAGGACGUCGCCCAUAAAGGAUAACGCGAAUGUCCGAGACUUCAUUAACGGGAGGCUUCAAGAGAACGACUCCGACCCCACGGCGCCCCCCUAUGACUCCCUGGCUACGUACGCCUACGAGGGCAGCGGCUCGCUGGCGGAAUCUCUCAGCUCGUUGGAGUCCGCCGCCACUGAGGGCGACCAGGAGUACGAUUACCUCAGCAGCUGGGGGCCGCAGUUCAAGAAGCUGGCGGAGAUGUACAUCGGGAGAAGCCCGGACCGGGAUACCUAGAAGUUGUCCCAGACCGAGAUACCUAGAAGUUGUCCCAGACCGAGAUACCUAGAAGUUGUCCCAGACCGAGAUACCUAGAAGGUGUCUCAGACCGAGAUACCUAGAAGGUAUCCCAGACCGAGAUACCUAGAAGGUAUCCCAGACCGAGAUACCUAGAAGGUAUCCCAGACCGAGAUACCUAGAAGGUAUCCCAGACCGAGAUACCUAGAAGGUAUCCCAGACCGAGAUACCUUGAAGUUAUCCCAGACCGAGAUACCUAGAAGUUAUCCCAGACCGAGAUACUUAAAAGUUAUCCUAGACCGAGAUACCUAGAAGGUAUCCCAGACCGAGAUACCUAGAAAGUAUCCCAGACCGAGAUACCUAGAAAGUACCCCAGACCGAGAUACCUAGAAAGUAUCCCAGACCGAGAUACCUAGAAGGUAUCCCAGACCGAGAUACCUAGAAAGUAUCCUAGACCGAGAUACCUAGAAGGUAUCCCAGACCGAGAUACCUAGAAGGUAUCCCAGACCGAGAUACCUAGAAGGUAUCCCAGACCGAGAUACCUAGAAGUUAUCCUAGACCGAGAUACCUAGAAAGUAUGCCAGACCGAGAUACCUAGAAGGUAUCCCGGUCUGUUUGGUAGCGAGCUAGCCAGACCCCUAUUUGUCCAACUAGCCUGCGAGCUAGCAACUACCUAUGUAUCAAACUAUCUAUCCGUUCAUGUCUGGUUCGCUAGCUAGCGCGCUAGUUUUCUGUUUGACUCCGAAGGUCGCCACCAUCCGCCGGAGACGAGGGCAUACUUGGCAACCCUCCCGAUUUUCCCGGGACACUCCCGAAUUUCAGUGCCCCUCCCGAAAAUCUCCCGGGACAACUAUUCUCCCGAUUUCCACCCAGACAACAAUACUGGGGGCAUGCCUUGAAGGCACUGCCUUUAGCGUCCUCCACAACCUGUCGUCAAGUCCGCUUUUCCUCCGUACAAACAACGUGUCCGCCCAGUCACAUAAUAUACGCGGCUUUUACACACACACAAGUGAAUGCAAGGCAUAAUUGAUCAACAGCCAUACAGUUCACACUGAGGGUAGCCGUAUAAACAAGUUUAACACUGUUACAAAUAUGCGCCACACUGUGAACCCACACCAAACAAGAAUGACAAACACAUUUCGGGAGAACAUCCGCACCGUAACACAACAUAAACACAACAGAACAAAUACCCAGAAGCCCUUGCAGCACUAACUACCCCAACCCUGCCCACCUCAACCCCCCCACCACCAAAUCUCCCGAAUUCGGAGGUCUCAAGGUUGGCAAGUAUGAACGGGGGAGGAACUUUUACUGUUUUUUGGUCAUAAGUAAAGAUGCCUUUUAGGACUUUUUUUUGUGAACAAUGGCGUGAAAAUGUGUUUUGUAUUUGAGCAGCGAGAUAGCAGUAUUGUAUACUAUCAAUGUUUCAUGGCAUUGGAUUGUGUUUUUUUGGGGGAGCGGCGUUCCCCACCCGUUCUAUUGAAUACUGUACAAAAAGUGUUUUUCAACAUUCUAUAUACUAUUUGCUAUUAUUUGUCUGACAAGCAAGUGUCCAUGUGAAUGGUCGGUGCGGUUCCUUUUUGUCACACUGGUGUCAUUUCAUCACGUAGGUGUAAACAUGUAACCAGAAAACGUGUACGUUGUAGGCAAACACUGGAUUCAUGCUGCUUGAAUGCCG